UCUAAGAGAAUGGAAGAAGGCAUCAAAUCACCAUUGAAUGGUGACUUGAAGAAGGAGGAAAGCAUUAAAACCAGCAACGGAGGUUCUAUUAUUGAUCAUGACAAAGACAAAAUGGCUAACCCUGUGGCUGUUGGUGAGUCUGUCAAGGAGCAACCACCACUGGUUAAGCACAAGACCAAGAGGGUUGCAACUCUCGAUGCAUUUAGGGGUCUCACCAUAGUGUUGAUGAUACUGGUAGACGAUGCUGGUGAAGCUUAUCCACGCAUUGAUCAUUCCCCGUGGAAUGGAUGUACUUUGGCCGAUUUCGUUAUGCCUUUCUUUCUUUUCAUUGUUGGGGUUGCCAUAGCCCUUGCACUAAAGAGAAUCCCCGAGAUAAAGCCUGCCGUAAAGAAGAUAAUCCUUAGGACAUUGAAGCUUCUCUUCUGGGGUAUAAUUUUACAAGGGGGUUAUUCUCAUGCACCUGAUGAUCUCGAGUAUGGAGUUAACAUGAAAUUUAUCCGGUGGUGUGGCAUUCUCCAGAGAAUAGCUCUUGUAUACUGUGUUGUAGCUCUAAUAGAGACAUUUACCACCAAGCUUAGACCCACUACAUUGGGUUCUGGACACCUAUCUAUUUUUACUGCCUACAGAUGGCAGUGGUUUGGGGGCUUCGUGGCUUUUUUCAUUUAUAUGAUCACAACCUACACCCUCUACGUUCCCGAUUGGAGUUUCGUCGAUCAUUUUGACGAAGACGAACCAGCAAAGAGAUACACGGUCAUAUGUGGAAUGAGAGGACACCUAGGGCCAGCAUGUAAUGCUGUUGGGUACGUGGACCGACAAGUUUGGGGGGUCAACCAUCUUUACUCUCAACCUGUUUGGAGACGCUUGAAGGCGUGUACAUUCAGUUCUCCACACGAAGGUCCUUUUCGUGAAGAUGCUCCAAGUUGGUGUCGGUCUCCUUUUGAACCCGAAGGCUUGUUGAGUUCUAUAUCAGCUAUUCUCUCUGGCACUAUUGGCAUCCAUUAUGGGCACGUGUUGAUUCAUUUCAAGGGUCAUUCGGAGAGGCUAAAACAAUGGGUCUCAAUGGGUUUUGUGUUACUCAUAAUAGCCAUCAUCCUUCACUUUACAGAUGCUAUCCCACUUAACAAGCAACUCUACAGCUUCAGCUAUGUUUGUUUCACUGCUGGUGCUGCUGGAAUUGUCUUCUCAGGGCUUUACAUACUGAUCGAUAUUUGGGGGCUCCGCACUCCAUUCUUGUUCUUGGAGUGGAUAGGAAUGAAUGCUAUGCUAGUGUUUGUGAUGGCAGCCCAGGGCAUCUUCGCAGCAUUUGUAAAUGGAUGGUAUUAUGAAGAUCCACGUAACUCACUUGUACACUGGAUCAAGAAGCAUGUGUUUGUGAAUGUUUGGCACUCGGAGAGGGUGGGAACCAUCUUGUAUGUGAUCUUUGCAGAAAUCACUUUCUGGGGAGUGGUUGCUGGCGUUUUGCACAAAUUAGGAAUAUAUUGGAAACUGUAAGAUAUAAC